AGGCCCCAUUUUAUGAAAGAACUGAGUUCAAGUGCCUGUUAGAUGGCCAUGCAAUCCCCAUGGAUCAUGUCAACGAUGACUACUGUGAUUGUGACGAUGGGUCUGAUGAACCAGGUACUUCUGCAUGCCCUAAUGGACUGUUCUACUGUGAGAAUAAAUCUUACAAGGGCAUUUACAUUUUGUCAUCUAGAGUCAAUGAUGGCGUCUGUGAUUGCUGUGAUGGCUCUGAUGAAUAUAGUGGGAUCAUUUCAUGUGAAAACACUUGCCAAAAGCUAUAUGCUGAAAGUCGAGCUCAGUUUGAGGCAUUCAGGCAGAAGCAAGAGAAAGGCUAUAAAGUGAAGCUGGAAUAUAUUCAACAUGGACAUCGUGCCAGGGAUGAGAAAAUGUCCCGCCUGACUGAGCUUACAAAAGAGAAAGAUCAUCUUGUGGAAAUAAAGAAUACUCUUCAAGCUAUUAAAGAGGAGGCUGAAAUCCCAGAGAAAGAAGGAAAAGAAAAACAUGAAAAAGCUUGGGAAGCUGUGAAAGCUGAACGCCAGAAAGCUCUGGAUGCAGAAAAGGCAGCUGUUGCCUUUGGAGAAUUGGAUACAAACCAGGAUAAUAU